AUGUAUGCUCUUUCCAUAUCCCGUCUGUUUUAUUGCCUCCAGCUGGAGCAAUCCAGGUUUGAGGAGCUCGAAGAGACGGUGGCUGAGAUGAAAUUAAAGCAGCUGCUCUGGGAUUCCUUGGACGAAUGGGACAAGAUCUACCAAACUUGGCUGUCAACGGAGUUCCUAAAGUUGGAUCCUGAAGAGGCCGCAGGAGUCACAGCUAAAUACGUUAAAUCUGUAGCUCAGCUAGAAAAGGGUCUUCCUCCAAACGCUGUGGUUCCUUUACUGAAGGAAAAGGUGGAGAGCAUGAAGGAGAAGGUAAGAGGUCUUUUACACACAUAUUGGCCCAAAUAA